AUGGCGAGGUUGCUUUCUUCGCCGUGCACUUCGUUGCUCUUAUUAAUUAUUGCGAGUGUUUCAGUCAUCGAUGUUGCUGGAGGUUGUGAAAGUGGGAAACUUCCAUCCGUUGGCCAAUUUUGCAAAUUUUUCAUUGACAAGUCUUUGGAGAUAUUGUCUCUUAAUGGCUACCCUGGUUGUGGAGGUAAGAGAUUUCUACAUAAAACAGCACAGGCACCGACAGUCAUCUUCGAAGAAGCGGAGGAUGAUUCAAAGUACAUUCUUGUGAUGGUCGAUCCCGACGCUCCAGAUCCUAGUAACCCCGUUUAUCAAUAUUGGCUGCAUUGGAUUAGAAAGAAUAUAAUGGGCCAUGAUUUGAAAAAGGGGGUAACUAGUGAUAACAAUGACCUAGUGGAAUUUAAUCCACCUACACCUCCAAGCGGACUCCACAGAUAUCAGUUCCUUCUUUUCAAGGAACCAUCUAAUUUUACCCCAAACUUUAAUGAUCGAAGAGAGCGUUGGAGUGUGUCAGAUUUUGUGAAAAUAAAUAGUUUAUGCGAAAAUUUGGUAUCCGGCUACGAGUUUGUAACUGGAUAUGAAGCUUCGGACGAUCCCCUCCCUAAACCAAAGCCAAAAACAGAAGCCGUAACUCAGAAGCAGGAUGCCUUUACUCAGAAAUCAGAUGCCGCAGUUAAAAAACAAACUAAGAAACUGAAUGGGCCAACUCAGAGACCGGAUGGGCCAACUCAGAGACCGGCUGUCCCAACUCAGAGACCGGCUGUCCCAACUCAGAAACCAAACGGCCCCACGACAAGAUCAAUUGUACCACCAGUUUUGACUGAAUUUGAUCCACAACCCACAUUACCAAAUGUUGACCCAAAUGGCUCUGCAACUUGUUCGGCUUCCUUGCUCAUCAUCUUCUCGUCUGCUUUCAACGUGCUGAUGAUUUUCAAAAUUUACUGA